AGAAAGGGGUCGCUGUUAGCAAAAGUGCGUUUCUAUUCGGCUUCAAGAACAACGAUCCCGAAGGUAUCGAAAUAUUUCCUCUUAGAAACGACAAAAGACACGAAGCACAACGCGUGAAGCCACAUGAAGGACCAACAUUUGGUGAUGGUGAUCUUUCUUUGAAAACGAUGUCAUUUGGCUCUAGUCAAACUGGAAAUUCAUUUGAAAACUGGCGUGGCUCGUCUCUGUUUGCAGACGCAGAUGAAUUCAAAAUUUCUGACAUUGAAGUAUUAUAUCCUAAAGACAGUUUGUGCAAAGAGCCAUGCAACCAUUACGAGGGACACUGUGAUGAAAUUACUACCAAGUGUGUUUGUGAUUGGACAGAGCGCAAUGUGGAAUGGUGUUUGGAAGGUGAUCCAAAAAAGAUAAUCAAUCUUUACGACGAUGCCGCGUCCUACUGGCCUCUGGACUCAGUCGAAGAUCUAAAGGACCGAGCAAGACUGGGUUGGGGACAGGCGCACGGUGCGGUGAGUCUGGUUGCUAAGGGCCUUAGUGGCCAGGCCAUACAGUUAGACGGUGCGAGUGGGUGGGUCGACCUCGGAGAUCUGGGCACUCUUUAUCAGGUGCAGAUGUGUACGGAGGAUUUUAGUAUUUCUAUGUGGAUGAAGUAUUAUUCCAAGGGGAAUGGCGAAGAUCAGACCUUUUUACACUUCGAUAACGGGCUUACAGUGGCAGAAUUAUUUUACGAAGCAACUUCAAAGCUAGUCGGAGUCUCUCUUUCCACAAGCUCUUUGAAGUUUUGUUACAGAUUUCCAGUUGCAAAGGGAUUUUGGACACAUCUUGGUUUCUCUUGGAAGAAUGACAGCAAAUCUCUUAUCAUCCAAAA